GCCGGUGAUUGAAGAUUUUCGGAAAAAGAAGUGGGCUAAGGAUCCGCGGAGGCCCAUUUUCGUCGGUCCAUGAAAAUGCAAACACUGCCCGCCGGCGCGUUGUCGUCUCGCAAAUCCACCCACCGCCACCGUAACUUAAUUCCCAACCCCAACUCUUAAACCCUUUCUUUCCAACUUCCAGGAAUGCCCAUUGUUCUAGCUUUUGCUCCUACGCGCAUGGUUCGUCGCCCAGCUCCCGCGCUCCCCGCCAACCUUCUGGGCUCAAACAUCAACCAUUUCUUCUCCUCGCGGCGAUGCCCUUAUGCUCAGACUCUGUAAUUAGGUUCUGCAGGCGUGGCCUUCGCACAUACUCGUCAGUCAUUUUCCCCAAACUUGCUUCUUUCUCUUCUUCCUCUUGUGCGCUGCAAAAAAUCGAUGGUGGUGGGGAAGUCGAGUCGACCGUCAGUUCCAGUUACGACGACUUGCAGCGUGGAAUGCGAGGCCACGCUGCUUCAGGCGACCUCCGGCAAGCUCUGUGGACUUGGAAUUUGAUGAGGAACUUCCCCGGUAAGCCAACAGUUAAUGAUUUCAAUGCUUUGGUGCACAGUUAUUUGAAGUGUGGGAAUCGUUUCUCCGAUGUUUUGCUGGAAGUUUGUCUCCGAAUGAUGGAAAGCUCUGAGAUAGCACCGAAUGCCAUUACUUUUAAUUUGAUUGUUAAUGGCCUGGUGGCAGUUGGGAAUUUCAGAGCUGCGUUCUUUGUUCUGGGGCAGAUGUUUACCAGUGGGUUCCUACCAUCGUUUACACUUUUGUCCAGGUGGUUGAAGAAAUGUAUUGAAUCGAAUAGUUUAACGGAUUCCCUAGGUGUUUUUGAUGUUAUGUUGAUGAUGGACUAUGUCCCUACGGAACCAUCUGUCAAUAUGUUGAUUUGUAUGCUUAGCAAGAAUGGAAUGAUAAAGGCAGCAUAUUACGUGUUCUCCUCCCUUCUUGCUAAAGGUUGCUUUUUUGGGGUGUACACUUUGAAUCCGAUUCUUUGGACGCUGUGUAAGUCUGGUAAGACAUACACUGCUCUGCAGCUGUUUUACUUGAUGAAGAAAACGGGUCUUGGACUAGAUGUAUGCUCUUAUACUGCUUUGGUUUAUGGCUUUUGUAAAGAAGGGUUGUGGGAAGAUGCUUGGUGGUUUGUUGAUGAAAUGCAAGAUAGUGGGUUGAAGCCUAGUCUCGUUACAUACACUGUGUUGGUUAAGUUCCUUUGUGUAAAUGGGAGGGUAGAAGAGGCAUUGAGGUAUCCGAGUUUAAUGGAGACGGAAGGAUGCAGUCCAGACUUGCUAGUGUAUAAUAUAAUUCUUCAAGAACUCUCUCACCUGGAUAGAGUGUUUGACAUUACUGUGCUCCUAGAUAUGAUUGUAUCUAAAGGAUACUCUCCUGAUGCUUACACCGUAGCUGUGCUAGGAGGAGGCCUUUUAAAAGCGGGAAGAGUUGGUGACUGUGUUGGAUUUUUGCUGGAUACCAUUUCAGAGGGCUAUCCUAUUGAUGUUGCCGUUUACAAUAUCUAUCUCCAGUGCUUAUGUAGCCAGAACAGAACAGCUGAAGCAUUGUCUUUGUUAGAAAGAAUGACUGGUGCAGGUUUCAUUCCGAGCAAUGUGUCGUAUAAUAUCAUUCUUAAUGGGUUUUGUAGGGAAAACAAAUUUAACAAGGCUGUGACACUCUUGAGCCAAUUCUUGCCUGAUGUAGUCUCUUUUAAUACAAUUUUGUCUUGGGCUUGCAGACAGAGGAGUUCUGAGAUUGUCAAAUGGAUCUUGUGUCGUAUGCAGAAUGAAGGUAUUACCCAUGAUGUCUUCACAUCAACUUGCCUCAUUCGAUAUUCAUGCAGAGUUGGAAAGGUUUCAGAAUGUUUGAAGCUUUUGGAUAACAUGUUGCUCAAUGGCCCUAAACCAACCAUAGUUACUUUUAAUGUGGCACUGCAUGAGCUUUGCAAGAGUGGUUCGCGUGAAAUAGCUUCCCGAGUCUUUGAAAAGUUCAGCAAUUCUGGAUUUCUGCCCAAUGCUGCCUCGUAUGAUAUUAUGUCGCGAGCUUAUGCCAGGACGCAUGCAACUUUUGCGCCUGUUUCAUUUGUAAAGGGGUAUGGAUGAACUGACUGAAAUUGAGCUUGUUAUACGUGUCACUAUUUAUAGUACUUUUGGCGGGACGGAAGCUAUGUGUGGACAGUUUGAUCACAGCUUUGGCAACUCCAUAACCAUUACUGGGAGUUAUGUUGUGGUGAUGUAAAGUGAAGUAUACUCUGUUGCUGCUGGGUAACAUGGUGAUUGAAGCUUGUGCUAAUGAUGUGAUUCUGAAAUCCUUGAUUAAGUUGGAUGAAGGUCUUCACAAAGCCGUGGACACUUGAGAAAUUUUACUCAUUAUAAGUCGAGAGAAGAAGACAUAUCAGAAAUACAGAGAGGAAUUACUCGUUAAAUCUUGCAUGCGUUCAGAUCAUUGUACAUCUUCAUUUGCUGUCAAUCAUGCCCAGCUUUCUGUAGAGAGAAAGCUUCUGCUAAGCUCAAAUAAUCAAGAACUAGUAUGAAAUCCUCCAACCUGCGGAAGCUUUAAUCUUGUGAUGAGGUCCGCCAAUUGACACUAAAAUGGAACCCCAUGGUGUUUGAAAGGUAACCCCUGGGAAGAUUCCAUCCAUUGAAAUGUGUGGAUAUGAGAGAAGAGUUGCUGAUGGAUUUGUCGAGCUAUUCAUACUUGCUGUUGGCAGGUCACGUUCUUAUUGCUGAAGCCUUGGUUGGCAAAGAGGCCAAUUGCUCCCAUACCUUCUCUUGACCUGGUAAACCUCUCUCUCUCUCUCUCUCUCUCUCACACACACACACACACAUUAUAGAGGAUGCUGAUGUGGAAUGUAACAGGCUUUCUUGUUAGCAAAAAACUGAACAGACAGUUGGUGGCAUUAAAGUACCGUAGGGUGAGAUUCCAUUUCGGCAUUUCCAACUUCCAAGGCUGGUGUUAUCAUUAUUAUGCCUAUUCUGGAUUUUAUAUAUGUGAUCGAUUCCUUAUUUCACAGUCCAAUGGGAAGAAACAAAACCCAAAAACAAAAAGCAAGAUGCCAAAUGGACAAAUCGAGGAAAGAGUAAAACAAAGAGAAAGAAAUGGGUGUAGAUUACUACAGCAUAUUGAAGGUGAACAAGAGUGCAUCAGAGGAUGAUAUGAAGAGAUCAUACAGAAGAUUGGCUAUGAAAUGGCACCCUGACAAGAACCCCAACAACAAGAAGGAAGCUGAAGCUAAAUUCAAGCAGAUCUCUGAAGCUUAUGAUGUGCUAAGCGACCCACAAAAGAGGGCAAUAUAUGACCAAUAUGGAGAAGAAGGGCUGAAUGAAAUCCCACCAUCUGGAUUCGGAAAUGGUCCAAAUGGGGCAAAUGGAUUCAAUUCCAGGAAUGCUGAAGACAUAUUUGCAGAGUUCUUCGGGAGCAGCCCGUUCGGGUUUGGUGGGGGACCAACAGGUGUUGGUAGAUCAUCGUCCAGAUUCCAGUCAGAAAGCGUCGCAACCGCGACAAAUGGGAUGUUUGACGGCAGUAACAUGUUCAGAAGCGAAGGAACAACAACCACCACUGCUCCUAGAAAGCCUCCCCCUGUGGAGAGCAAAUUGUCAUGCACUCUAGAGGAGCUCUACUCUGGCUCCACCAGGAAAAUGAAGAUCUCCAGAACUGUAGUUGACUCCCAUGGGAGGCAAGCGCAAGAAACUGAGAUACUUACGAUAGAUGUGAAACCAGGAUGGAAGAAGGGAACAAAGAUAACAUUCCCAGACAAAGGGAAUGAGCAGCCCAACCAGCAGCCGGCAGAUUUGAUUUUCAUGAUUGACGAGAAACCUCACAAUGUUUACAAGAGGGAUGGGAAUGACCUAAUGAUCCACCAUCGGGUCACCAUGGCGGAGGCGUUAGGUGGGACCACAGCAAGCAUCGACACGUUGGAUGGUCGGACCCUGUCUGUUCCAGUGACAGACAUUGUAAGUCCUGGGUACGAGCUCGUCGUGGCGAGGGAAGGGAUGCCGAUAGCUAAAGAGCCUGGCAAUAGGGGAGAUUUGAUAAUCAAGUUCGAGGUCAAGUUUCCGACGAAGUUGACGAUGGAACAGAGGGCAGGGCUAAAGUGUUUUUUAGGGGGCUGAAGCAAAGACAAAUUGGGAGAGUUGUGAAACUGUUAUGAUGUAUAGUCAAUGCAGGGUUGUAUAAAGCUACGAUCAUACAUCACUCUAGUUGUUGUGAGAUUAAACUUGUUUUUAUAUCCGAUUUUAAUCUCGUCUCCCUUUACUUUUGAUUCGAAUGUCCAUACAGUACACACUUCUUAGGGCCAGUUCCCAUAGUCAUUUGUUUUCAGACAACUCCAAUGAAUACAAUGAUUAUUCUACCCUUUCUAAGUUGUGCAUAUUGACCAUUGAG